GAUGUAGUACUUAAAUCGUUGUACUACACUGUUCACCGUUAAACUUCACAAUGACUCCAUUCGGUAUCAUUCUAGUAACUGCUGUGUUCUCUUCCCAGAUUAUACAAACUAUAACACAACCUAAAAAAUAUCGAUGUGCUUCGUUCAGACCAUUGCCUCAACCAAACUCAGAACCAAUAUCGUCCUUUAUUUUAAGAGUGCCGCCAUUAUCGGUUACAAAAUCACAGUCUAAUACCACAAAAUCUCCAGGAUCAGCUUCAAAAUCGUCGGUUUCAGUCAAUAAAUCACAGAAUUCAGUUUCAAAAUCACCGUCUUCAAUUUUAGAACCGUCGUCUUCGGUCACUAAAUCAUCAUCAACAGUUCAAAAAGUAACUAACUCAUCACGUACAGCCAACAGAUUUCCACCCGAUUCAUCUUUUAGUUUAUUUAAGUUACCAUUACAAUUAAUUUCGAGUUUAUUGGUACCACUAAUACCAUCAACAAUUAGACAAAACACGUCCACAAUCAUUUCACCACAAUUUAAUUUGCAGAUGCCUUUAACAAUCUCGACGUUUCAUGACCCCAAAUAUAUACCCUCAAAUGUGCCUGUUGUGUGUAAAAAUUUACCUAAAUCUUGUAACUCUCCACCUAAUGACACAAAUAAUUCAAAUUACAUUUUUUGUAAUUCUCUACUAGGGAGUUCACAUAAAUCUAUUGUUUAUAAUUGGAUUUGCAACUCUUUGCUAAACAAGAUUCAAAAUGUAAAUUGUACUGUUCCACCAAUUGAAUGUGACCCUCCUGAAGAACCUAAUUCUUCCACGACGGUUAAUCCUACGGUUACACCUAUAACGACUGACUCUACUGUUACACCAACUGCUGGUACUACACCAACAGAUAUUACUACACCAACAGAUAAAACUACACCGAAAGAUAAGACUACACCAACAGUUAUUGAUACUACUACACCAACAGUUAUUGAUACUACUACACCAACAGUUAUUGAUACUACUACACCAACAUCUACACCACAAUAUCCUAUACCACCAUGUACAUCAAAUACGUGCCAUAGACCUUGUAUACCACUAGUCCAUAUUCCAAAACCAAAACCAAAACCUUGUAGUUUACCAGUUACUCAUUUGCAUUCGCAUAUACCAUUAAAGCAUUAUCCACCACUACAUCAUGCAUCUUGUUCGCCAUCUUACGCUUAUUUUAAUUCUUUGUUCGAUUCUACAACUUACAAACCUGAUGAAAACCUUGAUUCAAAUCUACAAAAGGACAUCCUUUUAAAAAUAUUAAAAAGUUUGAUUUCUAAUUCUAAUUUAUAAUCGCCGUCUACAAGUAAGUAAUUUUUUUUUAAAUUAACACUUUAUUUGAAUCUUAAAUAGCAUGAUACGCACAUCAUAUUAUAAAUGUUGGUC